UCGACCGCGAAGGUCGUCUGAACGCGACGAUAGAACGCGCGAUGCGAACAUUUGUCAUUUGCCACAAUCGCGAUAUUCUAAUUGAAUCAAAUGGAUCGCUCGCUGAAAGACAACGAGACAACGUCGAGCUCAAUCUUGCAAGCGAACAGACGGCUUUUGGAGCUGGACCUCGAUUAUUUGGAAAGAAGAGGCGGAAAUACAAUAACUUACGAAGGUGCCGAAGGCGGCUCGAAAGAGGAGGAUAGUCCCGCGGAUACAUUAGAUCGCGUCAAAGUUGUCUUCCUAGGUGCACCCGGCGUGGGAAAAACAAGUAUAAUCCGACAAUUUGUUUGGAGCGAGUUCUCCGAAGAAUACACGCCGACCGAACGACGAGAGACAUUUUAUCCGAGUGUGGUGCUGGCCGAUCGAUUGUACGAAUUAAAGAUCACCGAUCUGCCGGCCAUUCCGUACUUCCCGGUUAGCUCGCAUUUGGAAUGGACCGACUUCCGUUAUUACGGAUUGCGAAGCGCGACAGCGUACGUGCUCGUGUUCGAUCUCAGUAAUCAGGACACGUUUCAGUAUAUCAGGACGUUACGCGAACAAAUCUACGAGGCGCGCGACAUGAGAGGCGUACCGUUGCUGGUGGUUGGAAACAAGCAAGACGAAUUGUCGCAGACCGUUGCUUCCGGAACCAGAUACAGAGACAUCGUGAAUCUUGUCCGAAAGCAUUGGAGAUGCGGUUACGUCGAGUGUAGUGCCAGAUUUAACUGUCGCGUCGUACAGGUAUUUCGGGAACUGAUGAAGAGUAUUCAGGCGAUAGAAGGUAGGCCAAACUCGCCGUCACCCGCGGCUUCGCAACCGAUGCGAUCUUACCAACACGAUACCGGCGAGAAGUGUAUUCUUCUCUGACAUUGAGAUUAAAUCAUGUUCUCUACGAGGUCAUACGAGGCUCACGUGCGAAUCGCGCACGAAAAUACGUUUUUCGAUAGAUGUACAAUACGCGGUAAGACUCGUCGUCGAUUUAGCGUACCGUGUAUUAUUGGGUUUCAAGCAAUGAAGACUUGCUCAAUAAAGGGCACAUCGAUCGAUGAAAGUCAAAAGCAAUACAGCUGGUCCUUCUAAAGCUGCAAAGAGUCGAACGCGCGCAGAUGUACGAGCGAGGAGACGUAAUUUCGGAAUAAAAGUGACAAUAAUAAUUGAAAUUUCGGAAAUAUUAAUAAUGAGAAAAAAAACAU